AUGAAGAGAGGAACAAAGUGUGUCGCGCAAACCAUUAAUCUGUCCAAACCGAAAACAUGCGUAAGGCCGAAGAUUCAAAAACUCGUUAGCGCGGAUGCGGAUUCUUAUUUUGACUCUCCCAGCGCAAGCAGUUAUUGCGGACCUAGACCAGUGACGGUUAAAGUUUGUUCGCGGGAAGACAUGCAAAGAAAAUGCCAGCCGAAGUUAUGUGAUUGUCCUCCAAAGCCAUCGCCACGACCGCUUUCGAGCGGCGAGAAACUUUGCAGAAUUGUAAUGUUUCUUCUGAAAGGCACCGUCGCCGGUGGUCUUAUUUAUUGGACUCGAUCGGAAGGUCUUUGGGGCGACAGUACUCAAACGGAAGAUCUAUACUAUAGAAUGAUAAGUACGAUCGCUACCGAUCGACAAGAAGACUUGCCUCUGGAGGGAAUAAAAUAUUCGAUAGCGGAGACGUACAAUCACAUGCUGCUAAAAGGCAUGAAUAUUAUCGUCAGCGUGCCGCGAGAGAUGCAUCGGAAGCUGCGAGACAUUUUAUUUUCGUGCGGUACAGAAGAAACAAAAGCAAAAUCCGCAAAACACUACGACAGGAAUUUGGCGGAAAUAUAA